UCUUCUUUUUGCCAUUCUUUCCUGGCGCACCUCAACGAAUCUGUCCUCAAGGUCCGAUUCACCGCCGGCUGAGUGCUCUCCUCUCUUUUUUAUACAAGUGGAAACUAUAGGGAUUUUACUCUUGAAGUCUGCAGGAUAGCAAGGACAUCCUUGCUCAGAUAUAGGCGCGAUGGUGUACAUUCGACAACAUCAGUUGUCCAAUCUAAAGGACUACCGCUAUGCGGGAGUUGAUCUGUCCCUGACAAGCCGAUAUGUUCUCAAGCCGUUCUAUAAUAAAUUCGUCAUCAAGUUUUUUCCGAUGAGCAUGGCUCCUAAUGCUAUCACUCUGACAGGACUGGUCUUUGUUUUGAUCAACUUCUUGACCGUCCUAUGGUAUAACCCGACACUGGAUCAGGACUGCCCUGCUUGGGUUUAUGCCAGUUGUGCUGUGGGGUUGUUCUUAUACCAGACGUUCGAUGGAGUAGAUGGCAUUCAAGCGCGGAGAACUAAACAGAGUGGCCCCCUAGGCGAGCUCUUCGAUCACAGCGUUGACGCGUGUAACACAGCAUUGGGAGUCUUGGUCUUCUCCGCAAUUAUGAAUCUUGGCCAGUCUUGGGCUACUGUGCUAACUCUUUUCGGAUCUACCAUGACUUUCUAUGUCCAAACUUGGGAUAUGUACUACACUCAAGUUUUGACACUGGGAAUUAUCUCCGGUCCUGUUGAAGGAGUGCUGACGCUGUGUGUUGUGUUUGGAUUCACUGCUUAUAUAGGAGGCGGGAGCUUCUGGCAUCGUCCCAUGCUUGAGACUUUCGGUAUCCCAAAGCUUGAAUUCAUCCCCCAGCAAGUCUAUGACAUGCCUUUUACCCAGUGGUAUCUCAUUUAUGGCGCAUUCGUCCUGUUUUUUGCAACGGGUUCAAGUAUUGCGCAUGUCAUGAAGGUUCGAAAGGACCGUGGCAAGGAUCCAAUCCAGCCCCUUUGCGGGCUCCUCCCACUUGUUUGCACCUGGAUUUUUGUGCCGGCUUACCUAUACCUCAACCCGAUCAUUCUUGAGAACUAUCUCGUUCCAUUCACCCUAUACAUCGGCCUAGUUAAUGCCUACGCUGUUGGGAGAAUGAUUUGCGCGCACCUGGUCCAUGCUGAAUUUCCCUACUCCAACGUCCUUCUUGUCCCUACUGCGUUUGCCGUGGUUGAUAGCGCUGGCGCACUUUUUGGACUUUGGCCGAACCCAGUGAUCAACACCAUUGGACAUCCUGCGUUCGUGUUCUUAUGCCUGGGCUUGGCACUCGGUGUCUAUGGAAGUUUCGUGCACGACAUUAUUACGACUAUAUGCGAUUACAUUGAUAUCUGGUGCUUAACGAUUAAGCACCCUUACGUUCCGGAGAAGGUUGUCAAUGGACACGCGAACAACGGGACCAAGAAAACGAUCUAAUGACCUCAGUGAAUGUCAUGUUUUUUUUGUUUUUUUUUGUACUCGCAUUUCAACUGUGCGAAAAACCAUCUAAUUUCU